UUUGCGAGAUCUUGGAUCCCCUCAUCAUUGCAAAGCACGAGAUGCUGCCGCUCUUUGAAGUCAAGAUCGAACUACAAGAUUCAAGAAUCAUUUUUGAUCCACCCUUCCAAUCUUCCAAACCUGGGGAAGUGUCCCUGAGAUCAACUAUUGAUGGCUGGCUCAAGGACUUUUUCGCGACUGUCACCUGCAUGCAACGCUUGGACACCAACAGCGGUGACUAUCUCAGUGAGAUCAGAGAGCACUUUCAAAUGCAGUGCCUAUUGGCCCUUGUGUCGGAGCUCAUUGACAACACAGAGAUGAAGUGCAUGGAUUACAGGGAGACAUUCAUGCAGCACUCGUAUUUGUGGACGGAGUCUAUCGACAAGUCCUUUGAGAAGUUCUUGCAGGAGGGUGCUCGAGAUCUAGUUGAGGGAUUCGAAGAGGAAGGCCUGUCAUUCAGGGACAUCAUGGAUCGCAUCAAGGUGGACAUCGGACGCCAGGUGCCUGCUCUUGACCAGUUUGACAAGCAGAUUAUCGAAUUCAAGAAUCUGAAGAAUGACUUGUCGAACAUGAAGACACCUGUCGACAUCCAUUGGCUUCGCGUUGGUGCUCAACCAGUCAAACUGGCUUUGGUGUCCUUUGCUCGUCAGUGGGAGGAAAAAUAUGUGGAGUUCCUCAAGACCUUCACGGAGGACCG